CGGGGAUGGGCUCCGGCGCCCCAGUCGACCCGACUCUGCCCCGGCUCCUCCCCGCUCGGGCGGGCGCUCCGCCGUGUCCCCGCCCGUCAGUCCGCCCGGCCCGGCUGGCCGCAGACGGGGCCUGGGCGGCCGCACCGGGAACUCUGAACCCCCGUGCGUCGGGAGGCGUCGGCGCUACCGCUGACCGGCGGCGGGCCCCGGGCUGCGACCCGGCCAGAGCGAAAAAGCGGCGACACCAUGUUCUCCCUCAAGCCUCCCAGACCCACCUUUAGGUCCUACCUCCUGCCGCCGCCCCAGACUGACGAUAAGAUUAAUUCAGAGCCGAAGAUUAAAAAACUGGAGCCAGUCCUUUUGCCAGGGGAAAUUGUUGUAAAUGAAGUCAAUUUUGUGAGAAAAUGCAUUGCAACAGACACAAGUCAAUACGAUCUGUGGGGAAAGCUGAUCUGCAGUAACUUCAAAAUUUCCUUUAUUACGGAUGACCCGAUGCCAUUACAGAAAUUCCAUUACAGAAACCUUCUUCUUGGUGAGCAUGAUGUCCCUUUAACAUGUAUUGAGCAAAUUGUCACAGUAAAUGACCACAAGAGGAAGCAGAAGGUCCUAGGUCCCAACCAGAAACUGAAAUUUAAUCCAACAGAGUUAAUUAUUUACUGUAAAGAUUUCAGAAUUGUCAGAUUUCGCUUUGAUGAAUCAGGUCCUGAAAGUGCCAAAAAGGUAUGCCUUGCAAUAGCUCAUUAUUCCCAGCCAACAGACCUCCAGCUACUCUUUGCAUUUGAAUAUGUUGGGAAAAAAUACCACAAUUCAGCCAACAACAUUAAUGGAGUACCCUCAGGAGGCGGCGGUGGAGCUGGCGGGGGCAGCACCCAAAAAACUCCGCUCUUCGAAACAUACUCGGACUGGGACCGGGAAAUCAAGAGGACGGGUGCCUCCGGCUGGAGAGUGUGUUCUAUUAACGAGGGUUACAUGAUCUCCACUUGCCUUCCAGAAUACUUUGUAGUGCCAAGUUCUUUAGCAGACCAAGAUCUGAAGAUCUUUUCCCAUUCUUUUGUUGGAAGAAGGAUGCCGCUCUGGUGCUGGAGCCACUCGAAUGGCAGUGCUCUUGUGCGGAUGGCCCUCAUAAAAGACGUGCUGCAGCAGAGGAAAAUUGACCAGAGGAUUUGUAACGCAGUAACUAAAAGUCAUCCACAGAGAAGUGAUGUUUACAAAUCAGAUUUGGAUAAGACCUUGCCCAAUAUCCAAGAAAUACAGGCGGCUUUUGUGAAACUUAAGCAACUAUGCGUUAAUGAGCCUUUUGAAGAAACUGAAGAAAAAUGGUUGUCUUCACUGGAAAAUACUCGGUGGUUAGAAUAUGUAAGGGCAUUCCUUAAACAUUCAGCAGAACUCGUGUACAUUCUAGAAAGCCGGCAUCUCUCUGUCAUCCUACAAGAGGAAGAGGGAAGAGACUUGAGCUGUAUUGUAGCUUCUCUUGUUCAAGUGAUGCUGGAUCCCCAUUUUAGGACGAUCGGAGGAUUCCAGAGUCUGAUCCAGAAGGAGUGGGUCAUGGCCGGUUAUCAGUUCCUAGACAGAUGCAACCACUUAAAGAGAUCUGAGAAAGAGUCUCCCUUAUUUUUGCUGUUUUUGGAUGCCACGUGGCAGCUGCUAGAACAGUACCCGGCGGCCUUCGAGUUCUCAGAGACGUACUUAGCAGUGCUCUACGACAGCACCCGCAUCUCCCUCUUCGGCACCUUCCUCUUCAACUCUCCUCACCAGCGUGUGAAACAAAGCACGGAAUUUGCUAUCAGCAGAAAUAUCCAGUUGGGUGACGAAAAGGGUUUAAAAUUCCCCUCCGUUUGGGACUGGUCUCUUCAGUUUACAGCAAAGGAUCGCACCCUUUUCCAUAACCCCUUGUACAUUGGAAAGAGCAUGCCUUGUGUGCAAAACGGUUCUGUGAAAUCUUUCAAACGGACAAAGAAAAGCUACAGCUCCACUCUGAGAGGAAUGCCAGCUUCCUUAAAGAACGGAAUCAUCGGUGACCAAGACUUAGUUCCGAGGAGAAAUUCAUUAAUAUUAAAAGCAAAGCCUGACCCUCCUCAGCAGCCCGACGGCCAGAGCAGCGGGAUGGAGCGGUACUUCAGGGAGUGGUUUUCCAAACCAGCCGACCUGCACGGCGUCCUCCUGCCGCAUCUCUCGGGGACACACGUGAAGCUCUGGAAACUCUGCUACUUCCGCUGGGUGCCCGAGGCCCAGAUCAAGCUCGGGGGCUUCAUCACUGCCUUUCGUAAGCUCUCCCUGCUGGCCGACGAGGUGGACGUGCUCAGCAGGACGCUCCGGCAGCAGCGGGCUGGGCCUCUGGAAGCCUGCUACUCGGAGCUGGACAAGAGCAGGAUGUACUUCCGGGCCAGCGGCCCGCACGAUGCCUCGGCGACGCCCGACUUCCUUUCCUCCUCCUUCCCCUUCUCCCCCGUAGGCAACCUCUGCAGACGAAGCAUUUCAGGAACACCAUUAAGCAAAUUUCUAAGUGGGGCCAAAAUAUGGUUAUCUACUGAGACACUAGCAAAUGAAGACUGAAAUGUACUAUUUUCUGAACAUUUUGAGGGCAGCCAUAAACUUGCCCUCUGACUUAAAAUUGCUAACCUAGGCAUUUGAGGCUCCAAGAAUUUUCUAUGUCAGAAUAACAGUUGAAAUUUGCACUAAUAUUUAAAAAUAUGUUGAAUUGUGCGUCUUUCAUAAUUUUUU